AUGUAUCUGCGGCUCGUAGCGCACAUCAGUAAAAUCAGGACUGUGUGCACACACUAUCUCUCACGGAAGUUAUGUCAAACUGAUUCAAGCGUGAGGGGUUCAUGGAAAGGCUGGACACAGUACGAGAAUAGACCACAGCACACCGAUAUUGAACAGACGUCGGUAUUUUUAUUCCCAGGCCAAGGCUCUCAGUUUGCAGGGAUGGGCAAGAAUCUGUUACGGGUUCCAAAGGUUCGGGAAAUGUUUCAAUGCGCUAACGAGAUGCUACGGACUGAUCUACUUAAAACAUGCCUUGAAGGCCCACAGUCCAAGCUUGACCAAACUGUACACUGUCAGCCGGCUACUUAUAUUAUAUCACUAGCAUCAGUCGCGAAACUACAAGAAGAUGAAGACGAAGUCGUUCGAAAUUGCGUUGCCACCGCGGGCUUCAGUGUGGGUGAAGUGACCGCACUUGUCUUCGCCGGGUCCAUGACAUUCGAGCAGGGACUGCAUGUGAUACGUGUUCGCGCUGAGGCCAUGCAAAAGGCAUGUGAUCGCAUCAAGGGUGCAAUGACUUCUGUGUUUCUCAGUCAUGAUUCGCAGUUGAAACUUGCCAUAUCAGCUGCGCUUGAGCACUGCAAGACACAUUACAAGUUAGAGAAUCCGGAAUGUCGAAUCGCCAAUUAUCUGUAUUCAGAUUGCAAAGUGGUUGCGGGACACCUUCAGGCUAUUGAAUUCAUCGAGCAACACGCUCCACAAUUUAGAAUCCGUCGAGUCAAACGACUACCUGUCAACGGCGCAUUUCACACUUCCCUUAUGAGGUCUGCUGUUGAACCUGUUUCUCGAGCAGUUUCACGCAUUGACCAACUCAAGUCGCCUAGUAUUCCAGUCGUUAGCGCUCUGGAUAUUUUGCCCUACACCACAGUGGAGAGCGUCAGACGCAAACUUUCUUUACAGCUUGUGCGUCCUGUCAAAUGGGAGCAAACGCUUCACGCGUUGUACAUCCGACCACCGGACACUCCGUUUCCAGUCACAGUCGAACCCGGUCCCGGUAAACAGCUCGGAGCUAUGUUGCGAAUGACAAAUCGUAAGGCAUUCGCUCAUUAUCGGGCACUCGAAGUGUAGUGUUCAAAUU